UCUCUUCAAACAAAUAUAGGCUUAGUAUCUCUUAUUUUACACCAUCUCCUCCAGACUUGCAGCACAAAAUGAGUACGUCAAACUCAAAAGUGAACUUCAUUGCAAGUAGUUCUGGAGUUGUAAUAGAAAACAUAGCUCCAUUGAAAACCGUGUCCGGUCCUACAACAAAUUUACCGGGGGAUGAAGACAUUCAACCACUUUCAGGAUGCCCAUUCUAUCAUGUGAUUAUUUCAAAAUCACAUAUUUAUCCUGCUUUUAGCAUGCCGGUUUCAAACGAAUUAGCACUUCCUUCAGCUGUAGUCCCAGCUAUUCUCAAGUAUGGAAGCAAGAGCUGGGACAUACAGUAUUGCGGACUAGGCAAAAGUUACAACAAGUUCUUUAACCACAGAGGCUGGAAAAAAUUUGCUGUUGAUAAUCAUUUGGAGGUUGGGGACGCUUGCGUCUUUGAACUCAAGGAGUCGAGUGAAGAGAAACUUGUCUUCCAAGUUCAAAUUCUUAGAGGUGACCUCCCUGAAACUUUUCUUAAAAGGAAAGAAAAAGAGAAGGAAAAGAAAAAGGCCAGGGCCAAGAUUGCAGAAAAGCCAGGAGGUAAAAGUGCAGAAAACCGCAACAGUGCAGAAAUGCCAAUUCUCAUUGACUAGUAUAGCAUUACAAUGCAUUUCAUUUACUUUUCAAUGUUAUUAGCAUUCAGUUUGGUGUAUGAAGUAGAAUGAGUACAAGACACCACUAACUGUAACUACUAGAAGUUAGCCUUCUAGGCGUGGAAACCUCAUUUCUGAGAUGGUUCAGAGGUGGAAUCGGGUCAUAGAUUUCUGCAACUUGUUCGGAGUUUAUGUGUGCUAUGAUUCUCCAUAUCAACUCUCUAGCUAAAUGAAUGCAGGAGAUUUGGAAUUUGUA